GCGGCGCUGGGGGCCGCGGAGGGAGCGGCAGCGCCGCCAGUUCCCGGCGUCCCGCGGCGGAGCCGGCGGUGGCUGCGGCGCCUCGCUCCGCCCGCUGCUGCAGCGCGUCCGGUCCCGCUGAUCCUCGUCCCGCUCCGUGCGCUCUGCCGUCCCCAUGGAGCUGCUGUGCGUGGAGCCCGCGCCCCGCGCUCCCCGCGCCGCGCGGGACCCGCAGCUGCUGGGGGACCGGCGGGUGCUGCAGAACCUGCUGAGCCUGGAGGAGCGCUACAGCCCGCGCGUGUCCUACUUCCAGUGCGUGCAGCGCGACAUCCAGCCCUACAUGCGGAAGAUGUUGGCUUUCUGGAUGCUGGAGGUGUGCGAGGAGCAGAAGUGCGAGGAGGAGGUUUUCCCGCUGGCCAUGAACUACGUGGAUCGCUACCUGUCCUCGGUGGCCGUGCACAAGAACCACCUGCAGCUGCUGGGAGCUGUGUGCAUGCUGCUGGCCUCCAAGCUGAGGGAAACCAUGCCCCUGACCGUGGAGAAGCUCUGCAUCUACACCGACAACUCCAUCACCCCCCAGGAGCUGCUGCACUGGGAGCUGCUGGUGCUGGAGAAGCUCAAGUGGGACCUGGUGUCGGUGAUUGCCAACGAUUUCCUGCCCCACAUCCUGCACCAGCUGCCGCUGCCCCCCGACAGGCUGGAGCUGGUGAAGAAACACGCCCAGACCUUCAUCGCCCUCUGUGCCACAGAUUUCACCUUUGUGAUGUACCCCCCGUCCAUGGUGGCCACGGGCAGCAUCGGUGCCGCCAUCCACGGGCUGACGCUGCCGCUGGGCGGCCUCAGCGGGGAGGGGGUGACGGAGCUGCUGGCCGGGAUCACGGGCACCGAGCUGGACUGCCUGAAGGCCUGUCAGGAGCAGAUCGAGGCAGCCCUAGCCGAGAGCCUGAAGCAGGCAUCCCAAUCCCAGCAGGAAUUCAGCGCCAAACCCGCGCCCUACGGGGGCAGCCAGCCCACCAGCACCCCCACGGAUGUCACCGACGUCAACCUGUGACCUGCCCCCUCCCCAGAGCCCCUCCCUGGACACCCCAAACUCGCUGCACGCCCCCCCCCGCCCACCCAGCACCUCCAAGGGGCCUUUCCCAGGCUGGGAAUGUGCCCAGGGGGGACAGGACAGGGAGCAGGAGGAUGGAUGGAUCUGGAAUUGUUGCUCUGCUGCUGCUCCCUGCCUCUCUGGGGUGCUCACGGCGACUUCCAACCCUGCAGGAGCCAAAUUUUGGCACCCCCAGCUGCUGCUGGGCUGGUGGAGCAGCUGCUUGGUGGCCCUUUGGUCCCGAUUGCUUCGUGCCACAUUCCCACAGCUCCAGGGGGAGUUGUGCAGCUGCUUCUGCUUGGAGAGGACCCGUGGGGCUUGUUUGUUUUUGAGGCUGCUUAAUUUAUUGUUCACUGCUGGGAAAGGGGAGGGAGGAGAGCUGGCAUUGCUCGGGUGGGGGCCUGGGUGCUGCUCUCCUCUCCUUCCCAAAAAAAGUGCCUUCCCCCCUCACCCCUUCCCUGGCUCCCUGGGCAGUGGGAGACUCUCCUCAGAACCUGGUUGGUCCUUUGGUAGCUUAGGCAUCAGAGUAGGAUUUAAGGAAAAACCUUUGAAUGUGCUGCUAUAGUCUGGGAUGCAUCUCCACUCCUCCAGGGCAGGGAUUUGGGGUCGUGCUCGUCCCAGCUGCCUCCUCAGAGGCUGCAAAACCUCGCUGCACACUUGAGUUGGAAAAGCAAUUUCUGCAUUUUUUUGUAUGGUUGUUGUUGAUCCUGUUUAGUUUUUUGGGGUUUUUUUAUAAAAAUUGUUGUAAAACAGGGAGAAAAAAAAAAAUAAUAAUGCUGCUUUUCUACGAGAAAACCAUUACAGAGUGGAAUUAACCAGGAAAAGCCAGACUCCACAGGGAUGGGAGGCAGAUGCUGCUGCUGCUGCUUGGGGACCUCUGGACAAUGUGGCUGUAGAAAUUUUCUUUUUUUUUUUUUGGAUGCCACCAGCCACACAAAGAUCUGGCGGAAAAAGGUGGGGCUGCUGCUCCUCCCUGAGGCUGCCUGGUCCGGAAACCCCCGAGCAGGAGGGGCUGGGACAGAGCCUGGCUGUGCAAAAAAGGAAAUGUGUUUCCCCUUUUUUUAUAUAUUAUAUAUAUAUAUAUAUAUAUAAAUGAGUUUUUAAUUUAAGAGUAAAUUGGUUUGGUGUUCACUCGCAUGAGUCCCGCUGCUGGGAGAGCCAGAGAACCCUGUGAUGUUGCAAUAAAAUAUUUUAAACAAAAAAAAAAAAAAAAAAAAAAUCAGUGGCUGAAGGGUUUCCCUGCAACGUUCCCAGGGCGGGGCUGGGAUCUUUCCCUCCUGUGGGGAUCCCUUGGGAGCUCCAGCCCUGCUUCUCCCAGGAUGGAAGGGGGAGAGGGACACCUGGGGCAGCUCAGGGGUGGUGACAGAGCCAAAAUUCUUCCUGCACCUUCUCCCCAGCAGGUUGGAGGGUGGUGGGCACUGGAGCAGCUCAGUGAGUGCCAGGGGUGCUGUGUGCCAGCCCAGGCUCCCUCCUGUGCUCAUCAGCCUCUGGCUUUGUUAAAAUGAAACCAGAAGUGGCAGAAAAGGCUGAGCUGUGUGGGGACCCAGCUCCUGCUGCUGCCACGGGAGUGACAGCUCAGGGUGCAGCAGGGGCUCCUCUCCGUGGCCCAAAGCUGCAAGUGACAGUGACAGUGACAGUGGCAGUGGCAGCAGGUCCCAGGGAAGUCUCAUGGAAAAGCCCUCCUGGGUUUUCCAGCAGAGGUGGCACUUGGGCACAAUGCCAGGGGCAG